UGCACCAAUGAACCUGAGAAACUGAUAGCGCUGCGCUCAUCACAUACAUCGCCUGCCUUAGGUGCAAAUUAUCUAGUAGCGAGGCUUUCCGGCGGCUGCUUCAGCCUAUGACGCUACAAGAGGGGCUUGUACAUAAUAGUACUGUGCGCCGGACCAGCAUCACCUUCCAUCAUUGUUGCCCCUCGAAAGGGUUUCCGCAGAUGGAAAAGACCCGAUACCAGAUGUGGUCUAGGGAUACGAAGGCGCCUUGGGUCGUUUCACUACCCCUGGCAAUCAGAUCCAGGCAGCGAUGCACUUUCUCUCCUCCACCUCCACCAUCCUCUCGCGGUGUGCUGGGGAGAAACCCACCAAACAGGAUAAUGCUAUUUCCUAAAAACACUGACCAGUUCCCCAUUCCAAAGCGAAGCGAAGCAAAGAACUACUGCUAAAACUACAACCGACACUCCAUACCAACUUAAGAGUAAGAGAAGAGGGGCCGACCAGCAAAAGAUAACCCGGUUGACAGACUCACUAUUAGAAGAUCGACGGUAAAUCGCACCAAGCCCGACUGCACCGUGACCCAGUUGCGGUCAAUGAUAGUCAGCGGUCCACUGAUGGGGGAUUUACUAGAACUGGCAAACCAG